AUGUUCGCUCGUGUGCUCUGUUCCGGCGUGUCCUUGCGUACGUCAUUGGCGUUUCUGGCACAACUUGGCCGCCAGUCCAGCACUGCCUCGGUUGCUGCUGCCUCGGUUGUCAUUGUCCGAAGUAUGACAGGUUGCCGGGACACUCACACAAACAGGCCAAUGCGGAGCGAGACGGAGGAACAGAGGCAGUCGGAUACACGGUCAGAGUGUCACGAGCCUCGUGGCUGUCCCUUCUGUGAGCCUCGGACACCGGCUCAUCCUGUGACAACCAGCAUGCGACCACUUCGUGCUGCCUGGCUCUGCUUUGUCUGCUCCAGCUUCGUUUGGAGUGCCGGAAAUCUGGGUUUCGGAAUCUGGUCCCUGGUGCGCCCGGAGUGGCUCACCAACACCGUCAAGGUCGAUGUCCCAUACCCGAUAGUGGAGAAUCAGAGUCAACUGAUCACACAUACUCGGAUUCGUGGUCUCUGGCAAGAGUAUUAUCAUCCGGGCUGGAUUGCAGUUUCAACCUCACCUGCUGCUCAUCUACACCUCCAAUGGGAAUCGAACUCGAUGAGUGCAAUGUACAAUUUCUACAUGCUUCCAAUACAGACGACGUCUAAACUGUGGUCCAACCAGGGUGAAAACACCUGUUUGGAUGCAAGGCUAAGUGUACUUAAAUGGAAGCGAGAUUCUGGCUCAUAG